CGCGCCGUGUUGUUGCGCCCGGCCCGGCGCGGCCCGGCCCUCCCCACCCCGCUCCCGGCGCUCCCGCCCCGAGCUCGGUGUCUCAGGGCAGCCCGGAGCGGCAGCGGGCUCGGCGGCGGCUCCGUGCGCCAGGGCCCGGCAUGGCACCGCGCCGCCCUAACGGCGGGGACCGUUCGCCGUAGUUGACCGGUGGAUGAGAAAGCAUUGCUUUCCCGCUGUGCUACGACAUCCCAACCCUCCCUGGUUUUGCCAAAGCGGAUGUCUGACCAUCCCGUAGGCAUGGCUCACUUGAGAGAAUUUGCCAGCCAGCACUCCAGGGUGGAUCCUGAGGAGCUGUUCACCAAGCUGGAGAGGAUUGGCAAAGGAUCGUUUGGUGAAGUGUAUAAAGGGAUCGACAACCGCACCAAGGAAGUAGUUGCUAUCAAGAUCAUUGACCUGGAGGAGGCUGAGGAUGAAAUUGAGGACAUUCAGCAGGAGAUUACAGUGCUCAGCCAGUGUGAUAGUCCCUACAUCACCCGGUACUAUGGCUCCUACUUGAAGGGCACUAAGCUGUGGAUAAUCAUGGAGUAUCUAGGAGGAGGUUCAGCCCUGGAUUUGCUGAAGCCGGGACCCCUUGAGGAGACUUACAUAGCUACUAUCCUGAGAGAAAUCCUAAAGGGUUUGGAUUAUCUACACUCUGAGAGGAAGAUCCACAGGGACAUCAAAGCUGCCAAUGUGCUACUUUCGGAACAAGGAGAUGUCAAACUGGCUGACUUUGGGGUGGCUGGACAGUUGACGGACACGCAAAUCAAGAGAAACACCUUUGUUGGGACUCCAUUCUGGAUGGCACCAGAGGUCAUCAAACAGUCUGCUUACGACUUCAAGGCAGACAUCUGGUCCCUCGGAAUUACAGCCAUUGAACUAGCAAAGGGAGAGCCUCCAAAUUCUGACUUGCAUCCUAUGAGGGUUCUCUUCCUGAUCCCCAAAAAUAACCCUCCAACACUUGAGGGUCACCACAGCAAGCCCUUCAAGGAGUUUGUGGAAGCCUGCCUCAAUAAGGAUCCUAGAUUUAGGCCAACAGCUAAAGAGUUGCUAAAGCACAAGUUCAUCACACGCUACACCAAGAAAACCUCAUUCCUAAUGGAGCUGAUAGAUCGAUUCAAGCGCUGGAAGUCAGAGGGCCAUGGAGAAGAUUCCAGCUCUGGCGAUUCAGAUAUUGAUGUGGACACAGAAGAUGGAGACCAAGGUCCAAUCUGGACAUUCCCACCAACGAUUCGCCCCAACUCCUUAAGCAAGCUGCACAAAGGAAUGGCUCUUCAUGGUUCCCAGAAGCCUACUGAGCCCAUCAAGAGGCAACCACGGUCACAGUGUCUCUCCACGCUUGUUCACCCAGUGUUUGGGGAGCUGAAAGACAAGCACAAGCAGACCGGGGGCAACGUGGGAGCCAUGGAGGAGCUGGAGAACGCGUUCAGCCUGGCCGAGGAGUCCUGCCCAGGCAUCUCGGACAAGCUGAUCGCACACAUGGUGGAGCGGGUACAAAGGUUUUCACACAGUCGGAACCACCUCAGCUCUGCCCGCUGACACCCGUUCCCUGCCGCUCUUUCAUGAGAACAACAUCUCUAAUCCCGACCACCAUCUGCUGUUGGAUGUAACGUUGUGUUACGGACUCCAGAACAUUUCAGAGCCUUCAUGUUAUACGUGUUUCCAUGAUAACCCAGGGUGGGGUUUGCAACGCAAGUACAAUUUAGACCUUUUGCAGAACCCGAGAUGGGUGGUCUAAUUGUUUUUACCAUGUAAUCAAUGCAGUUUUUAAUUGUUACCCUAUGGAUGUAUCCAUUUUGGCUUGGUUUGAUUCACAGCUUGUUAUUGGUCAAUGCCUGGCUGCUGGAAAAGAGGGAGACUCUUCCACUGAGAGAUGUUUCAAAGGCAAGUCUGAUGGGUCUGGCCUCCCGCCCUUCCUAAAGAAGCGUUUGUGAGCAGUUGUGUGCGAGCGCAGGUGCGGUUGAGCUCUCCACACGUUAGAGCAGCUCUCUCGUUGUUCUGGAGGACCGAUCCAACCCCUUCACACACUAGCAACAAGAAGCUUUCGAGUGGAGCAGCCCACACUGCUGCUUGUGGUUUCACAGGACAGGUUUGGGGUUUGCUGACUGUUCUUUUUGUGGGGCUGGGACAUCAUUCUCUAUUAGGCCUUGGUUCAUCUAAUUCAGGCCACAGCAGAACUUGCCUUGUGUCUCCAGGGACUGGAAGGCAAAGGGGUUGCGGCUGUUUUGGGAGCUGGUGGAGUUCCUUUGCUGCUGCUUUCUGCAGCUGAAGCGACUGGAUACGCAGGUUUGGCAGUCGGGGUCUCUAAGCUGAGUACGUGCCCCACAGCGCGUGCCCAGAUGUUGCAGGAUUAAAAAACCACACCAGGCGAAGGUGCUGACGGGGCUUCAGUUCCACGGGCAGAUCAGCGUCGUGUAGCAGUUCUUGAGGCGAGAGCCCUCUGCAGAAAGGUCUGAAUGGGCGGCUGGCAGUGACGGUGUCCCUGCGCUGUGGGUGCUGGGUCGCAAAAGCUGACCCAGGCUCCUUCCCCUUCUUCUCUGCUGUUUCUUUCCAGCUCUUCUUUCAGUCUGGGAUCUCAGCUCGUGGAAGCCGGGGCUCUGCUCGGCUUGACAAGCCGUGCUGGUGUUUGCUGGCAGAGGUUAAAGCAUUUGCUGCCGUGUUGGCUGCUCAAGGUAUUCCAGCAGAGCCAUCCCCAACCAGCUUUGCUUUCUGUACAAUACUAGUUUAUAAAGCAAAUCUUUAAUCCAGGUAAAUGCACAGAGCUUAAACCUGUACUUUAAAGGUGUAGAAAAAUAGACUUAUGAAAAUAACUUAUGGUAGUUGGUUGCUCAGAGAUCUGCUCUCUAACUGUAAAGAUAUUCCCGUUAAGUCAGCAAGACCUUAGAGAGCCAGAUCUUUGUGCCUGGGUGUUUGUGUGGAUGCUGGGGCUCGCCCCAAAGCCACCCCGAACAAAAGCUCCGGCUGUUCAGCAGGUUUUUAAAAGACAGGCCACUCGGUUGGUUACAAGGCUUGGUUUUUGGUACGUUGAUUCAGACCUGCAGAUUGUAAGUGCUGGGCUAAAAGCAGCUCAGAAAGAGCUCACGUCCCCUCCUCGCAGCGCGCGGUGUUCGCUCCAGCUGGCGGCCUCCCUUGCUCUUCCUCUCCGAUGGAUAAAUCCAGGCUCGUCCGCUCCGCGAACAUCUCCAGCAGAGAAGAGGAGCUGCUGUUGGAUCUGCUGCGAGAGCCGUCCGGAGCCUGCGGUCAUGAGGAGCAGAACAAACCCAUUGCCUCUCGGCAGGAGAAGGGUUGAGGUGCAGACAGGAACGUCCGGGGGAAGGCGGAGGCUGCAGCCGGCACAGGCGGCUGAAGGGCUCCUGCUGCUUUUGAAGUUGCUGUUCGUGACGGUAGCAAAUUGUGUCAAUAAGGUACCUUGUAUUAGUACUCACAUGCACUGCAGUGUAAUGAGUCAACUUUUUAAAGGAAACAAUUCCCACAAACUUUGUCCAGUAUUCAAAGCAACAGUGGUUUUAGUUUUUAAAACCGUUGCAAGGGAUCUGCCACUUUCAAUAAAGUAACAAAACAAA